AUGGCCACUCACGUCCCGUCUAGCUCGACUCCCCCUCUGGGCAGACAAAGGGCCCUCGAACGAAUUCCGCUCGAGUUAUGGACGCUCAUACUCCAAGACGUUGUUGCCGAGUACGCUCCAACUCUCAACGGCACAUUUAUCCACAACCUCGAGCUCAUGCGCAACUGGAAAGACAACGAGCAUCAACGGACGAGAGCAAAGGCGACGUCUUUGCGGCGUACACUCUCACUCGUCUGUAGAAAAUUUUACCGCAUCCUCGCCAACAUGGACCAUAGGGUCACCGUCGUAAGUGGCGGCUUGCUCACACAGCUUGGAAUGCACAACCUUGAGCAUUCAAAGAGCGUCUUCUUCUACCCAGCACAGGAUAAGCUGGAACCCUCUCUACAAAGCGUAGAGUUUCUCGCCCUGCGCUUUCUGCAUGUCGAGAAUCUCCACUUUGACCUCUGCGACUUGCUCACCCGCUCACCGCGACUUUACGCUCUAUCCAUCGGGUUUCCAUACCCCACAUCUUUUCUCUGGAGCGUCUUUGACCACUCAGUGGCCAGUCAGCUAACACACUUGUCUCUGACGAUGAAAAGGGGCAUGUGGCUGGAGCCAAUUUCACUCCAGUCUCUCCAUUUUCUCCGUCUAAAUUUUGUUCGCUGGUGCGACUAUACGUUGACCACAAAGACGAGCGGGCGGGAGAUAAUGCCGUGCGCCUUUCCCCGGCUGUCCAGUCUCGUCUUGUGUGGACAUAUGGCAGAAGGGUGGUUCCCACAUCUAGUCCCCUUCUUGCAGCGUCAUCGUGACACAGUCAUCCGACACGCGAAUGAGCUCAUUCUCGUCCGGAGCUCAGGAGAAGAGGAGAAAGCAGUGACGGCGCCCUACUUUGGAGCGCUCAAAUUGUAUCGUGCGUCGGUCAAUGAACUCUUCGCAACUCCUCACAGCGCAAAUCCUCUCCCUGGCGAGACGCUGCUGCCGCUCACCAUGCUGCUCAAUUCGAGAAGUAUUCGCAUCCUCGCAGGUCGGAUAGAGGAGGAAGGUGCGGUGCCGAGUAUGCAGACGGGUAUUCGUCUCCCCGGAACGUUGUAUAGCGUCAAUCAAGUGAUGAUGUACAGACCAUGGGACAAGACUGCACUCGAACUCGAGAUACCCACAGAUCCAGCCCACAUCUCUGCCAUUAGGUGGCUCAUCUCGCGUGGAGUUCAGGUAGUUGAUUGCCACGAGGUAGAUUUUGACGACUUUGCAAACUUCUGUCCUCGGCCAGAGCAGACCGAAGAGGCCGAGGGUAAUGCUGACGAAACCUUGACAAGCUCUAGUCCUCAGACAGAGCAGAAUGAAGAUGCCCCCGACGAUGCUAACGAACCCACAGAAGCAGCGCUUCACAACCCCUACCCCUACCCCGACCAGCAACCACCCGUCAUUCCGAUCCUCCAGGGUCCCUCAUCUUUAUGGAGCCAAUUCAUCGAUUUUUCUCUCGACUUACUGAGGCAGUCACUCCUAUCGUAA